AUGAAGGCCUCCGUCGCACAAACAAGCGACGACGAAUUUGGCUACGACUUCGAGUCCGACGACGAAGAGCUUCUCAUCCAACUGGCUUCGAAUCAUGCGCUGCCGCUGAACCAGUCGACGGACGCUGGUGCUCUGGGUCCGAUAAAGACGAGCUCGAGCUUGGAGGCUUCACAGGAGAACAAGCUAUCCCAGAAAUAUGCACUUCGAAGCGCUGCGAUUCCGCUCAGCCAAGUCGAGAAGAAGGAGGAGCCGUCGCCAACCAGAGACCUGAAGCAGGCUUUCUCGUCAGCUUCCUCUGUCGAUGGGACGGUCAUAUAUCCUGAUCUCACCGGCGCGUUGAAAGCGAUUGAGUCCGUUCAGUCGCCGCCACCCACAGAAGCCAGCGACGACGAUGACGUCGAAUUCCAAGACGAACGCUCGCCACUGCAGAGGUUCCGCUCAUUUCCCAAGCGUCCGCUGACAGUGAGUGACCUGACUGCCGGCGCAUGGUGCGAGCUUCAGUACUGGUAUACGCUCACGCGGCUGCCUGGCGGCCGGAGGACUCGCACGCCGGCCAUGCAGCAAGGGUCCAAGGUGCAUAAGAAGCUGGAAGACGAGGUCCACACGACUGUCAAGGUUGAGAUUCUCAACAAGGAAGAUGGAUUUGGUCUGAGGCUGUGGAAUCUUGUCCAGGGGCUCAGAACGCUGCGGGAUACCGGCAUGACGAGGGAACUGGAGGUCUGGGGCUUGGUGGACGGCAACUUGGUCAACGGCGUCAUCGACCACUUGAGCUACGAUAACCCCAACCCGGAAUUCGAGGAAGAACUCUCCAGCCAAGCAAACGGGACCAGCCUCAACCAGUCCUUCAUAUCCGACUACUUUCCACCCCCCAAAUCCAGCAAACCUAAUGGCAGCAACCGCCAGAUCUUCCUCACAGAUGUCAAGACGCGAGGUACCCUAUCACCCAUCUCGCCAGCCGUCAUCCGCCCUGCCAAGAUCCAACUACUCCUGUACCAUCGCCUGUUGUCAGACAUGGCCGCCGGCAAGCUAGACUACUUUAGAGUAUUUAGACGAUACGGCCUCGAUGCCGACGAACGCUUCUCCGACACAUUCAUGUCCCAAAUAGGAGAACUCCACGACGAAAUCUUCUUCGACACCCCCACGAGCUCUGCAGAGGAAUACGCUUCUAGCCAGCAUCAGAACGCAACUAAUAAACAACACGCCGCCUCUCAAACCGACAACGCCACCCUGGACUCAUCCCCCGGCGUCCCGGACCUCCUCAAAUACGGCUCCCUCCGUGAACUCCUCGCCCUCGUCGACGAGGAAAUCCGCCUCACGUUCCCCCGCGGCGCAGAUUCACUCGGCCCCAUCCUCCGCGUGCAGUACGUCUUCCGGGAAGACGGCCGCGAGCUCAACGUGCAUGACUUCCCCGUCUCGGAACAGGCGCUGGAUGCCUAUCUCGCGGGCGACAUGAGCUGGUGGAAGGGCGAGAGGAGGCCGCGCGGCGUCAGGAUCGAGGAGGCGUUCAAGUGCUCGUCGUGCGAGUUCUCGGCAAGUUGUCGGUGGAGGAGGGAUCAGGAUGAGGAGAGGGUCAAGAGGACGCAGGAGAGGGUGAAUCGGGCGAAGCAGGCUGUCGAGCUACGAUUUUGAUGUUGUUGUUUCUUGUUGCUUUCUUGUUGUUUACCUGGGUUAAUGAUUGGGAGUUUUGUGACUUUGCUUAUGAGUUAUUUGUCGGGAAUCUGUAUUCCUUCUAGCAAUGUAUGAUGAUGGGACAGCGUUGCAUAUCACACUAAGGCUUUUUAUCCUUGAACGUAUAUCAACUAUUUUGUUGGUUAUCUUCACGCAUCAGUAUAAAGAUACUGAUAUGCACUUUAUUUCCCCAAAGGGAUAGUCUCGAGAACAUUUGAACAAGAAAUGAAUUAUUACCUA